GAGACACAUAAUGACAUAAUCUGAUUAUGAGAGUCAAGCAAUAGAGGAUCUGGAUUAUGCAGGAGCGGGAACUACGAAGCUGGAACACAUCGCCCUCUUGACACUGGCCGUCACUAUUAAUAAGAUACCGAAUCUCAGCUACCUUCUUAUCUCAUGUCGUAUAUAUCUUGUCUGCUCUCGAUGUUCCGUGACGAUGUAGCUACCUAGGUACCUCCCGUCUAGUGUAGAAAUGCCUGGCUAGCGCUGUGUGGGGAAUCCAAAACUUGACCGCUUAGCAACUGAUUGAGUCACCGACUUAACAUUGACAGUUGAGUUACUUGCUACACUUGACUUCCCGUCCAGAAUUACUUCUUUCUGAGAGAGAAGAUAUCGGCGUGUUUUACUUAUUUGUGCAUUAGAAUUGGUAACCCACCAAUCUUUCUCACGAUGUUCCAAUAGUCAUGAUAUCACGCAGCGGGGCUUGGAAAACGGCAAGCUCAGCCGCACAGAUCUCGAUCAGGAGGAGUGCCAAUCGCCGAGACAGCUUUACCGCAGGCCCGCCGGCUCAUAGUCCGCGCUCCGCGUCUUGCUGGGAAGGCGAGCGUGGUGCUAUUAAGUCAACCCCUGCCUCCCAAUGUCGUUAUACGACUCUUGCGGAGGCCGAGAGGCAGAAGAGAGAUAAAGACAGGGACUUCUUCAUAUCCGUCUUAGAGUCCUCAGCCACGAAGCGGGAUGCAAAGGCAUACCUCCAAACCUUUGGGAGGCAAAGCAACGCGGUGAAGGCAAGGUCCGCCAAUGCUCUGCAGCACGGAAUCGCGGCCGUCAGGGAAACCCCACGGUUCGUCCAGGGUGCCGAGAAGGAGCACGUAGUGGAGGCGGAUGAAGUUCCGCAUGUUGCCAUCAUCAAGUUCAUGAAUCCUCAGCUGUGGGAUGACGAUGUUCUCGAUGGACUUGCGAAAACACUCACCCAGUUGAGAACGCUUGGCCUUCUGAGUGUCAUAGUGGUCGACUGUGGAUCGGACCAUUUAGGGAGCCCAACCAACUGGAGGAAGGUUGUCGGCCACGAAACAGAUCGCGUUGCGAAAGCCGUGGGUCGACACGGGAUGCCGGGCGCCAAGGUGGUCGACUCGGCCAUCUCAUUUCGCCCGAUCCCUCCUCCAGCGAGCCUGCCUUCACUGGCUUCGACCCGGCUGUUUAUCGAGUCCGAAGAUUCCCUCCUCACACCUCUUCGAUCGGGCUAUUUGGUAAUCGUCCCGCCCAGGGCGCUGUCUCAAGGCCAGAUGGACUCUCUGGUCGACUCGAAUGAAAUCAUCCUUGCACUCGCGAGAUUUCUGUCAGGCCUUCAAAUACCGUGCCCAGCUGCUGGGGACGGUCCUGGCGAAGAUGCCGGUAUGCAGCUUACAAGGAAGGCAACGGUAGAUCGAAUUAUUGUCGUCGACCCCAUUGGUGGAACGCCAACUAAGAAACUACGUAAUGGUGUCCACGUUUUCAUCAAUCUGGAGGACGAGUACGAAGCUGCGAGAGCUGAACUUGACGCUGCUGCCUCCCUCAACUCUGCGGACCAGUCACUAGAGACGACCAAACGGAGGCACUUGGACAAUUUGAAGCUGGCCAAGGACUGUCUGUCAGCGCUUCCAUCGACGUCUUCGGCCAUAAUAACCAGUCCGGCUGAAGCUGCGAAUCUCAACUCUGCAGAACCCAGUGAUGUUGAGGCCGGUGUAGCCGGCUUCAUUGGCAGCGUUAGGACCAGGAGGAAACAGAACCCUCUCAUACACAAUUUGCUCACAGACCGCCCCAUUUAUUCCUCAUCUCUGCCUCCUGGAAGGAUAAAACCCAACGACCAGGACGCUGAGACCAGGAAACCUCGGAUGCCGACAACAACACUUGCGAAGAGGGGCUUGCCUGUGACGAUUUUCCCCGACCCCCGUCAGACUCCAUGGUUCCCGCCGCGGCCUGGAACGCCGCGGUUGAGACUGACAGAUACCUGCGUCGACUUACCCAGGCUAAUAUACCUAAUUGAGGAUUCGUUCAAUCGGAAACUGGACGCGCAGCACUAUUUGGAGCGGGUGGACGACAGCCUGGCGGGCAUUAUCAUCGCCGGAGAGUACGAGGGCGGGGCGAUACUAACCUGGGAACGACCGUUCGGGAUGGACGAGGAAACGGCCUACAAGGCAGGCCGAAUGGUUCCCUAUCUCGACAAGUUCGCCGUGCUUAAAAAGAGCCAAGGAGCCGGUGGAGUUGCCGACAUUGUUUUCAACGCCAUGGUCAGAGAUUGCUUCCCGGACGGUGUGUGCUGGAGAAGCAGGAAGAACAACCCGGUGAACAAGUGGUACUUUGAACGGUCCAGGGGGUCAUGGAAGCUGGACGAUAGCAACUGGGCAAUGUUUUGGACAACCCCUGAUGCGGCCUUGGAUGCCCAAGAAAUACGGGACUACGAAAAUGUCUGCAAAUACGUUGUUCCAUCGUGGGCGGACAAGCAGAAGGCCGCAGAUUGAGAAGGCGCAGUGUUCUUGAAACGGGCACAUUAUUUGUUGAAUACCUACGUAACUACCCAACACUGGAACGGUCGCACAACGAGGGCUUUUCCCGUGCCAUCCAAUAUAUAUAUGCUUCCACCCCUUGGCUAGCCAU